GAGCAGCCAGCGGCACCGGCUCCGGCAGCGGCGCAGAGGGAAUCGGCGCGCGCGGCGAGCACGACAUUCCACGGGACCCGCCGAGCCGCGUCGGGAUAGCCGCUGGGCUCCCGCACCCCGACCUUCCUCGGCCUCCGCACCUUCGGCCUGUCCCCCCGCGGCUUCCAGUGGGACGGCGUGACCCCGCCCGGGCUCUCGGUGCUCCCGGGGCCGCGCGCCAUGGGCAGCCCCCGCUCCGCGCUGAGCUGCCUGCUGUUGCACUUGCUGGUUCUCUGCCUCCAAGCCCAGGUAAGGAGCGCCGCGCAGAAGCGGGGGCCGGGCGCGGGGGACCCAGCUGACACUCUCGGGCAGGGACACGAGGACCGAUCCUUCGGCCAGCGCAGCAGGGCUGGAAAGAACUUUACAAAUCCAGCCCCAAACUACCCCGAGGAGGGAUCUAAGGAACAGAGAGACAGUGUCCUGCCUAAAGUCACAGAGCGAGUAACUGUUCAGUCCUCACCUAAUUUUACACAGCAUGUGAGGGAGCAGAGCCUGGUGACGGAUCAGCUCAGCCGCCGCCUCAUCCGGACCUACCAGCUCUACAGCCGCACCAGCGGGAAGCACGUGCAGGUCCUGGCCAACAAGCGCAUCAACGCCAUGGCAGAAGACGGAGACCCCUUCGCAAAGCUCAUUGUGGAGACCGAUACUUUUGGAAGCAGAGUCCGAGUCCGCGGAGCAGAGACCGGUCUGUACAUCUGCAUGAACAAGAAGGGGAAGCUAAUCGCCAAGAGCAACGGCAAAGGCAAGGACUGCGUGUUCACGGAGAUCGUGCUGGAGAACAACUACACGGCGCUGCAGAACGCCAAGUACGAGGGCUGGUACAUGGCCUUUACCCGCAAGGGCCGGCCCCGCAAGGGUUCCAAGACGCGCCAGCACCAGCGCGAGGUGCACUUCAUGAAGCGCCUGCCGCGGGGCCACCACACCACAGAGCAGAGCCUCCGCUUCGAGUUCCUCAACUACCCGCCCUUCACGCGCAGCCUGCGCGGCAGCCAGAGGACUUGGGCCCCGGAGCCCCGAUAGGCGCUCGCCCGGCCCCUCCCUGCCUGCCUGCGGACUCCAGGGAGAGCUCGGCCGCACUGCGAAGGGGAGGAGCUGGGGAGCUGCCUUCUAGUUGUGCAUAUUGUUUGCUGUUGGGUUUUUUGUUUUGUUUUGUUCUGUUUUUUAAACAAAAGAGAGGCUCUAUUUUUGUAUUCCA